AACACUAUUUAGUCUGAUAAACCAACUGUUACAAAUAUCUCGUGUUUAUAUUGUAUAUACUAUAAUUUUUUUAUGUGGUAAAAUUGCAACAAUUUCGUAAGUGAAUAAAGUUAAAGUUUUUUGUGGAUAUAUUUAAUUUUUUUCUUUUUGUUGGAUUUUAUUGAGUGUUGAAAUGUCAGUGCCAUUCGAUUUGAAAGAUAAAGUGUGCUUGGUGACCGGCGGGGCAGCAGGCAUUGGAGCUGCUGUGGUCAGAACAUUUUUGAUGGAAAAUGCCAGGGCCGUAGUUUUCCUAGACGUGGCCGAGCGUGAAGGUUUUACUUUGGAGGCUGAACUCUUGACCAGAUUUGGACCUCUGCGAGCCAAGUUCAUAAAAUGCGACGUCUCUGAUGAGGAAACCCUUAGCGAUGCGUUCAAGCAAGUCCUUAAUAAAUACACCAAGUUGGAUGUGGUUGUCAACAGCGCAGCGGUUUUGGGUACUGGCCAGUCUUUUAAGAGGACGAUUGAUAUUAAUUUUACAGGAACAGUUGCCAGUACGAUGAGAGCAGUAGAAGUAAUGGGCAAAGAUAAUGGAGGAAACGGGGGUACAGUUCUCAACAUAUCGUCCCUUUUAGCCUUGAAACAGCACCCUCAUUUACCCGUGUACGCAGCUACGAAAACAGCAGUUCUAUAUUUCAGCAAUGCUUUUGGAGCGGAGUUGCAUUAUUCAAAGACGCAGGUUCGCGUCCUAACCGUGUGCCUCGGGCCCACAGACACCGCCAUUCUUCAGAGGCUCAACUUGGAACACUUUAAUAAAGAUGGCGCCUGCUUGACCCCGACUCCUGAGAGGCAAAAGGUGGAGUCAGCAGCCACGGGUAUCCUGGAAACGAUCUACAAAGGUACCAGCGGAUCCACCUGGAUGAUUGCAAAUGACAAACCGGCUGUAGAAAUUACUCACAUUAUCAGCAAAGGAUUCGAAACCCUCUCAAAUCUGCCUAAGGAUUAAAAGUGAACUGAAAAUUUAAAAUUUCGUAUAAACGUAUGGUAAAAGCUAGGUUUAGAGAAAAUGUUUGUACUUGCAACGCGGUAGCUACACAAUUUCAUCUCUUCAUCAGAAUUGCUUCAGAUUAAAGUCUCGACAUUUGAUUCUUUAAAAUUAUCCUAUUAUUCAUAUUUUUUAACAACAGUUCUUUGCAAUAAUUAUUGAUCACUAAUCUUAGUAGCGUGGACUUAAAAUUGAAGUUUUAUUUGGUAACCUUUUUUUAAGUUAAAUCUCUUUUAGUAGUCUUGCCAGUUGGUGUGUGAUAUUAGUGAUGUCGCCACUGUAAAUUCUGCCAGCGAGAUCCAGAUCAAUAAGAAUAAGUUCAUUGCUCAUCAUGCCCAGGCCGGGAAAACCACACGAUGUAUAAUACAUCAACUUAUAAUAAUUUUUUACAUAUAAAUUGGACUUAAUAGAUAAUAAUCUGUAAAUUGAGUGCAAUAAAAUAUUUCACCCCACUUACAGUGGAUGUUGUAAAAUAA